AUGGCCGGUGAAAGUCCGCCGCCGCUCCCUCUGAUCCCUCCCUCCGCUCAAUCAGCAGCCCCUCCCUCCCUCCGCUCCACUUCUCCCACCAUGGCCAAGCUCAUGCCGUCCCUUCAGCAGCAGAUCGGAGAGGAGGUCCCGGCGGCCGGCGAUGUUCUUGGGGAUCCUCAACUGCAGGUCGGUGGGGAGCCAAAGAUGUCCAGCGAAAUUCAUGGGAAGCUGCCGAAGAAGAUCCGCAAGAAGAAGUCCAUUGAUGCAUGUGGGGAGCUGCAGCGGGCCAGCGACGUCCGUGACAGUAACGAGGUUCCCACGUCACUUCCAUUAUCAAAGAAGAGCGCCAAGAAGGUUAUAUUUUUGUGUGUGUGGAAGAAUAGGAAGUACAAUACAAUGCCCUCCAGUCCAGGGAGGCGGAAAUGCGGGAAGUGA